AUGGACCAGUACAGCCUUGGGGACGAGGGUGCCCUUCCCUCAGAGAUGCACCUCCCCUCGUUUUCUGAGAGCCAGGGGCUCUGCUGCAGUGACACCCUCACCCGGGAGCCGGGUCCCAGCACACGAGACCUGCUCUAUGCCGACCUGAGCGGCUUGGACCUGGACCCCAGCCUCCCAACGCCCGACAUGCCCAGCGAGGUGCUGGAGGACAACUUAGACACUCUGUCCCUAUACUCGGGGAAGGACGGUGACUCCGUGAAGCUGCUGGAGGAGUAUGCAGAUCCGGAGUCUCAGACUUCCUUACCAGACCUGGGGCUAGGGCCGCUCAAAGUGCCCAAAGAGGCCGACGAAGGAGGCAGGGCCAGCUCGGGCAGUGCCAGGAAAGGACGGCGGCAGCACGGCUCCCCUCAGCACGUGCUCCUAGACUGCAGCCUGUGUGGGAAGGUGUUCAGCAGCGCCAGUUCUCUGAGCAAGCACUACCUGACGCACAGCCAGGAGAGGAAACACGUCUGCAAAAUCUGCAGCAAGGCCUUUAAGCGUCAGGACCACCUGACCGGGCACAUGCUCACACACCAGAAGACCAAGCCCUUCGUGUGCAUCGAGCAGGGCUGCAGCAAGAGCUACUGCGACUACCGCUCCCUGCGCCGGCACUAUGAGGUCCAGCACGGCCUGUGCAUCCUCAAGGAAGCCCCCCCGGAAGAGGAAGCCUGUGGGGACUCCCCCCACGCCCAUGAGGCGGCCAGCCAGCCGGCACCUGGUGGCCUGCACUCCCUGGUGCCCCCGGAAGCCAGGUCCCCGGGCUCCCUCUUGCCCAACCGAGACCUCCUGCGUUGUAUUGUGAGCAGCAUUGUCCAUCAGAAGAUCCCUUCUCCCGUCCCAGCCCUGGCGGGGCCUUCGGACAGCGGCGAAGGGAGAAACGUGGCCUAUCUCUGCCCGCCCUCAUCGGGGUCGUCCUCCUGCACCCCAGUGGGCACCCCAGCGGCCUCAGGAGUCCUGGGCACUGAGGUCCCCGAGGAGCCCCGUGCCCCCUGGAAGGAGCCCGCUGCUUCCGACGUGUUCACAGCCGUCCACUCAAGGGCAGCAGAGAAUGGCGGCCCCGACCCAGGCGAGUUGGAGCCAUCGCUGCUCCAGCUCCCGUCCACCCCGGAGGGCUGGCCUGAGAGCGGCCCCCUACCUGCCUGCCUGCCUCUUUUCCGAGGCCAGACAGUCCCUGCCAGUUCCCAGCCACUGAGCCACAACUUCAAGUGGCUCCGGAACCGGCCAGGCUGCCCCAAGAGCAAAGGGAACAACAUGUUCGUGGUCCACAAGCUGCCUGCGGUGCCGUCCCGGGAGGGCUCUGAGUCUGGCCCCGGGCCCAGCAGCGCCUUCCCUGCGGGGGAGCCCUCGCCCAGCUCGGGCACCAGUCUGGGGGACACGCUGUCCUUCCCUGCCCCGCUCCUGGAGGUGCCUGGGGAGGCCUCGGGCGACCCCAGAUAUGCCAGUGGGGAAGACGACCCCUGGGCUUCCAAGAAGAGCAGGUUCGACUGCGACUCCUUUCCGUGGCGGAGCCCUGGGGAGCCGGGCCUCCAGGAUGUCCAGAAGCCGAGCGGGCUCCCGUCGGACGCCACGCCGCUCUUCCGACAGCUCUUCCUGAAGUCGCAGGAGCCUCUGGGGAGCCACGAGCAGAGGCAGGUGUUCCGGAUGAUCACCGAGUCCCAGCGGCUCCUCUCCCACGCCCAGGUGGCGGCCGCCUCCUCCCAGCUCCCUGGGCCUGAGGGCAAGCAGGCCGCCCCGAAGCCGCUGCAGGGGCCGUGGCCACAGCAGCCACUGGCCCCCACUGUGGACUGUCUCCGUGCUGGCCCUGGAAACCCGGAGCCAGAGGGAUCCCCAGCCCGCAGGAGGAAAACCGUGCCCGCCUGCGCCAGAGAGGCCUCCCCCGGCGGCGGGAGACGGGAUGCCAAGGGAGGACCAAAAGCGGCCACCGCUCCGCCGUCCCUCACAGCAUCGGCUCUGGACCCUCCCGGGAAUCCAGACGUCUCUCUGGUCAAGCAGUUGAGAUCUUCGAAAGGGACCUUGGACCUGGGGGACAUCUUCUCCCCUGGGGGCCCACGGCAGACCCGGUUAGGUGGGGAUGAGCCACCCAGAGCCCGGCUCCCCGGGAGGCAGGCCCAGGCCGAGAAUGGCGCAGCUUUGGGGGCCGCGAAACGUGAAAGGGGCCCAGCCUGCUCCCGGGCCGGAGGCUACGGGCUCUUCUCCAGCAACCCCAGGGCCCAGCGCUUCGCGGGCCUCCGGAAGGAGAAGGGGAAAAUGGAUAUGUGCUGUGCGGCGUCUCCGAGCCAGGUAGCCAUGGCCUCCUUUUCCUUGGCCGGGCCUCCGGUGGACGCCCCCCGGGACCCGAAGUCCAAGCUGACGAUAUCCAACAGAAUCCAGGGUGGAAAUAUCUUCCGGCUCCCCCAUCCAGUGAAGGAGGAGAACACGGCGGGUGGAUGUAACCAGCAAAAUGGGGGCCGUGCGGACUGGGCGGAGCCAAGGAGCACUUACGCCUGCAAGAACUGCAGCCAGAUGUUUUACACGGAGAAAGGGCUGAGCAGCCACAUGUGUUUUCACAGUGACCAGUGGCCGUCACCUCGAGGGAAGCAGGAGCGGCAGCUGUUUGGUACGGAGUUUUGCAAGCCACCAAGACAGGUGCUGAGGCCAGAGGGGGACGGGCAGAGUCCCCCAGGAGCCAGGAAGUCCUUGGACCACACGGCUGCAGCCUCUUUGGUGACCCCUGUGUCGGUGCCUGUGGCUCCUGCGAACCGACCCCCUGGGAGCACAGCCAGGGGACAAGAAAAAGACGGGGAAGACAGAGACGGCCAGGAGAGCAGCCAGCAUAGAAAGCGGAAGAAGCGCCCGCAGCCCAAAGCGCUGUUCCUCCCUCCUGCUCCCCCCACGUUUGGGGAGCCAGGCCCAGGAGGAGGCCACCAGAGCUGCCUGCGGUCUCCAGUGUUCCUGGUGGACUGCCUCCUGAAGGGGUUAUUCCAGUGCUCUCCCUACACGCCGCCCCCGAUGCUCAGCCCCAUCCGGGAGGGGUCUGGGCUGUAUUUCAACACUCUCUGUUCCACGUCCACUCAUGCCAGUCCCGACAAGCUCAUCAGCACUGUGCGUGAUCAAGUGGAUGGCCCUUUUGGCAUCUGUGUGGUGAAGGACGACACCAAGAUCAGCAUUGAACCACACAUCAACAUAGGAAGCCGGUUUCAGGCUGAGAUCCCGGAGCUCCAGGAGAGAUCGCUGGCUGGGAUUGAUGAGCACGUAGCUUCUCUGGUCUGGAAGCCUUGGGGAGAUGUGAUGACCAACCCGGAAACGCAGGAUAGAGUGACUGAGCUCUGUAACGUGGCCUGCUCCAGCGCGAUGCCGGGCGGGGGCACCAACCUGGAGCUCGCUCUGCACUGCCUGCACGAAGCCCACGGCAAUGUUAAGGUUGCCCUGGAGACCCUCUUACUGAGAGGACCCCAGAAGCCGCGGACUCACCCGCUCACCGACUACCGCUACACAGGUUCGGACAACUGGACCCCCGUAGAGAAGAGGCUCUUUAAGAAGGCGUUCUGUGCCCACAAGAAGGACUUUUACUUGAUACACAAGACGAUCCAGACAAAGACUGUAGCCCAGUGUGUUGAGUAUUAUUACAUCUGGAAGAAAAUGAUCAAGUUCGACUGCAGCCGAGCCCCCGGGCUGGAAAAGAGGAUCAAGAGAGAGUCGGAUGAGGCAGACAGGACAGAAGCAAAGGUCACUUGCAGCCCCCGGGAGAGACCCAGCCACCGUCCAACCCCUGAGUUAAAGAUAAAGACCAAGAGUUACAAGAGGGAGUCCAUCCUCAACUCCAGCCCGAACGCCGGCCCCAAGCGGACCCCGGAGGCACCAGGGAGCGUGGAGGGCCAGGGCGUUUUUCCCUGCAGAGAGUGUGAGAGGGUGUUUGACAAGAUCAAGAGUCGAAAUGCCCACAUGAAGCGACACCGGCUUCAGGACCACGUGGAGCCCGUCGUCAGGGUGAAGUGGCCGGUGAAGCCCUUCCAGCUGAAGGAGGAGGAGGAGGAGGAGGAGAUAGGGGCGGGCAUCGGCCCCCUGCAGUGGUGA